AUGUCUGAAGUGACUGACGUUUACUUCGACUCUGAAGAUGACGACGAGGUGUUUGACGAGUCAACGUCCGUGGAAGUGGAGGAGGCGGGGUGCGAGGAUUCUACGAAACCACGCGACCUGGAAGGUCGACGCGUGAUCAACCUGGGCGAUCGGUUGACGCCCAAGAUGCUGCGACGAAGCUGUUGUGGAUAA